AUGCCACCGACGGUCGCGGGCGUCGACAAUAAUAGUAGCAUCGCAGCAGCAACAGUUGAUGGACGAGCCGGCAGCAGCUCGUCGGACCGCACCAGCAGCAGCAACAGCGAUCGUCAGAGGGGGAAGCAUCCGGAGAACGACAUGCAGCAGCACGCCAUGGGCACGCAGGAGGGGGGCGCGGCGAAGAGUAGCAUCCAGUCAUCCGCAACGACAGCACCACAACCACCAACGUAUGGUGCCUACACUAACAAUACUUUACCGCGGGGGCCUUAUCUUCAGUAUAAGUAUAACAACAUUUGUAGUGUUCCGUGCAACCAGGACAAUAACGAACAUCAAACGCAGCAGAAGCAGCACCAACAGCUUAUACUUCACCAUCAUCAGGCUCAGCAGCAGCAGCAGCAGCAGCAUCAGCAUCAAGCGAGUCAUCAUCAGUCCAGGCACCAGUAUCAAAACUCCCUGCAUCAGAACCACCAUCAUUAUCAUCAUCAACAACAACAACAACAACAACAGCAGCAUCGCUCGAAGCAGCAGGGUCAGCGUCCGCUUGCGAUGGAGCAGGACCAGUCGAGGGACCAGCAUCAAAUGUGGCAUUACCGGAAGCAGCAGCAGCAGCAUCUCGAAGGUGAAGGUGGCGUUUUGGUUCAGCGACACCGCGAUGAGCCGAACCAGUGGCACCAGGAACAACGACACAACCUCCCGCCGUACAGCAACGCCAGCUCGUCGCAGCACACGGAAGGAGGCGGUGGCCCUGACCACGGGUACCAGGUGUUGCAAGCCCGCCAACAGCAGCAUCAACCACUCGGCAACAACAACGAAGGCUGUGCUAGCAGUAAUAGUUUAAGUAAGAUUAGUCAUAGUAACGCCGCCAUUCUGUCGCAACGUCACUACCACCACCACCACCAUCGGUGUCGCCAUCCAGCAGCAGCAGCAGCGCCUCCAGCUACAAUCAACGACGUCCAUCAACAGGCGUCCGGCGGCGGGCUGGCGAAGGAUAUACGCUAUCAGCAGCUGCAGCAACAGCAACAGCUGUCCGGCUGGCUGCGACCACACGUUCCGGCACACGGUUGCGCGGUGCUGCUGACGGACGUGAUCGCACUGAGGCGCCCGAGCCAGCCGGAAGGCUGGGCCCUGCUGUGCCAGUCGGUGCAGGCGCUCCAGGAUCUGUUUCUCGGUGAAACGCCAUCAAUCACCAAAGUUCGGCCCCUGAUAACGCCCGCAACGUUGCAGAUUAGCUCGCGGGGUCGCGUCGUCUUCAGCAUCAUCCCGGCGGUGCGGCCUGCCCCGGGCGACGGCCGCUGGGCGGCGGAGGGCGGCCAGGGCUGGGAGGUGAGCGAGCAGGAGGCCGCCUUCCUCUCGCCCGAGUACAUCAACUCGCUCGGCAAGGGCGUGCAGUACAAUGAGUCCGAUGUCGAAAAGAUGUGGAUCUAUUCGCUCGGUGUCACGCUGCAGCGCACCGUGUCGUCCUUCUCGGUCAACCACCGCCGGUAUGAGCAUGAAGAGGAACAGGAACCGCAGGAGGAUGAGGAAGAGGAGGAGGAGGAGGAGGAGGUGGAUGCAGCAGCCCUGACGCCGCUCGAUCACGUCGUACUGGCGAUGUGCGAAGCGAACCUCUACCAGCGCGCCAGCCUCAUGUUUCUGCUCGACAUUAUAUCGGAUUACUGCAAAAAUCAUCACCUCUACAAACCGUUCUCCCACAUGCUGAUGGACCUGUUCCGAGAGGUGAUUUCGUCGGACCAGUACCAACCACAGCAACAACACCAGCCGCAGGAAUUGAAAGUGAAACGAUCGGCGGAAUUGUUCGAGGAGCAAAAGAGCGAUACCGACUCUGGCCGAUCGUCGGACCACGGGGAGCUGCUGGAGGUGCACCGGAAAAAGGAGCCAGGCGCAAGCGAUGCAUUACCGGCGCCAUUACCGGCAACCGGCACCUUCGGGACGUUGAAAGUAAAACGCCCGGGGACGGCACUAUCAGCACCCGAGCAGCGGUUUGCCUCGUUACCCAGACCGUACGACAAGCAUCAGGUGGUGGGUGCGUUAGUGCCGGAUCCGUACCACAACUACCACACGAUUUCAUACUCAAAGGGAGGACAGGCGGUCGGCGGAGGGAAGCAGCAGCUAGCACCUCAGCAGCAGCAGCAGCAGCAGCAGCAGCAGCAGCACCACGGUGUCACCGUGCGGAGACGACACAAUGCGGAAAUGCUAGCCGCACGCAAGCGGCACGACUACCGUCGCAACACGAUCGACGUGACAAUGGUUGAGGUUAAGAUGGCGGAGGCGGCAGCAGCAGCCAACCACCGGCACCACGGGGGUUUUCCACCAGAGUCUGCGUCGGCCGCCGCUGCUGUUGGACGGUUGGUUCCUUCGAAAUCGAUCAACCACCUGGUUGGCCUGGUCGGUCCAGUCGAGGACGGACUGCUGCUCGAGCAGAGCAGCUUCAACGCGACAUCGAUGCCGAAUCUUGGUGCGCCGAUGGCGGUAGUGGCGAUCGCGACGCAAACCAGCGACAGCGGCCGACCACAACCGACGCGCGACAAUGGCUGCGAUGGGGGGAGCGGUUUCGGUGGCAUCGACGAGGGCGAUGGCCCGGGAGGCACGGGAGCGACCCAUACGGGUCCGGAGUUUAUUUGCAAUUCCUACUCGGCACCAAAGUCAAUUGAUCUCACCGACGCGAAAACACAGCACCGGCGAAUAGUAACAAUUCUCCUGCUGAACGGUACCAAAGUGAACGUGACGUGCAACCCGACCACGACGCUAGCGCGCCACAUCUUCGAGGCAAUACUGCGGCUGGAGAAUCUCACCGAAAACUUCUUCCUCGGCCUGUGCGCCCUGAUCGGGGGCGAUUUUGUGUUUCUGCCGGCGGAUUUGAAAAUUUACAAGGUUGCGCCGCAGAUCUGGAUAAACACAUCGAAGAAGUGCACGCUGAUGGCGGAAAACAUUGUGUUCAUGCUGUACGUACGGAUAAAAUUUUUCCUGCCGACACUCCGCGGCGUAAGCUGCCUGGAGUCGCGCCAUCUGCUGUACCUGCAGCUACGCAAGAGCAUCCUUGAGCGGCAAAUCCUCUGCAUCGAGGACGACCUGAUCGCACUGGGCGGCUUGGCGCUGCAGGCGGAAGUGGGCAGCUUUAAGGAGAACAUGAAGUACUCCGAAUACUUCACCAUCUCCCACUACCUACCGGAGGAGGUGUACCGGAAGAAGAAGGAGCUGGCCCGGUAUCUACGCAACGCGCACUACCACAAGCGGGGCCUGCACCAGCGCGAGGCCGAGCACAACUUCAUCCGCCACGUGCAGGAGCUGAAGGAGUACGGCCUGCACCUGUACAGCGCGUCCUGGGCGACGAGCGAGGGCAUGACGCUCGACGUGUACGUCGGCAUCUCGCUGGCGGGCGUUGCCAUCUUCGAGCGGAACGUGCGCUACCAGCCGCGCCCGAACCAGGAACCGCCGGACCAGGGUCGCAACGGCAAGAGCAGCUUCCUGCGCCAUCUGUACGCGUUCUUCGAUUGGCUCGAGAUCGAGAACAUCUGCUUCUCGAAGCACGCGUUCUGCGUGGUGGUGCGCCGCAGCGAAACGCUCGGCUCGAAGAGCGAGAAGAGUCUGGUGAAGUACAAGCUGCGCAUGGACGGUCGGAAAAGCUAUUUCGCCUUCAACCUCGCCUCGGAGCACCACAAGUUCUACAUGAAGCUGCGCAACUCGUUCAUCUCGAUCAAGACGCUCGCGACCGAGCUGAACAUACCGAUCGACCGGCGAUCGCCCGACCCGACGUCCUCCUCGGGCCAUUCGGAGGAUGGUCGCAAGAAGCGCAACGUGCGGGAGAUCGUCGACGACGACCCGGGCCCGGAGGCGGCGGUCGGGUUCGAUGCGAAAAACAUCGACAAAAUCGACAAACCGUUCAAGACGACCGGGUUGCGGGUGCGCAAUCUGAAGAAAUCCAUGCUGAACGACAACCGGCUGGCACGGUUACGCCAGCGCUUUCUGCUGAAGCGCUCCAAAUCGACCAUCGAGUGCAGCACGUCCGCCGAUGGCGGCAGCAGCACGUCCGCAUUGAACCUCACCGUCGAGAUAGCCAACCAGCAGAAUCAGAACAAGGAGAACGAGAACCCCUUCCUGGCCGGUUCGGCCGACGCCUGCAGCGCCGGUGAUCCGGACGAGCGGCAGCCGGGCCCCGCCCCAUCGGCGACCGUGGGCCUCUCGCGCCAGUACCCCUCCCAAACUACCGUCGUCUCGCACGAGGGCGUCUCGCCGGAAGACUCGCCGAAAACGACGCACAGUAUCAACCGCAACAAGGUGAAGAUGGGCACCAAGGUGUUCUCUGCGCAGUUUCUCAACAAGUCGUUCGACAACCUGUGCCUGGACGGUGGGCCACAAGCGACCGCCACCGGUGGCCUUCUACUGCCGGCCGCGCUCAUCGAUCAUGCACCGUCCUGCCAGAACCUGCUGGCCCACGGCAGCCGCAGCAGCAGCACCUAUCUGCUGCACGAAGACGACGGCUGCUCCAAAUACGUGCUGGCAUCGGCCCAAACCGCCCGGGAACCGGCACCACCGGGUUCCCAUCCGCUGAUCGAGAGCUGCGUCGACGACAUGCUGUCGGUGAAAAGCAGCAUGAACUCCGUGUACUUUAUGGAAAAAAUCGACGAGCAAAUGGUUGGUGGCGGCGGUAGCACCGAGACGCUGCUUUCGCCGAAGGCUUGUGUGAUACAGUCGAGCAUCCGCAGUGAAAGCUGCCAGUUCGAGUUGCCAAUGGAGGACGAAACCAUCUCCGACACGCUGCUGGAGAAGUUCAACAACAUCAGCAGCUGCAGCAGCGGUCCAACGAACGAUCGCAUCCUUGCGACGGUCGUGAUCGUCAAGGAUGCCGUGCCGGUGGUGGGUGAAUCCGGUCCGGAUGGUGUUACCGGCCGGCGACAGCAGUUUCUGUCGCGCAGCCAGGAGUCGAUCGCCAUACCUGGAGGUGGUAGACGGUCCGCGCUUGAACCGACCUCGAUGGUCGGGUUCGGGGGCGACGAGUAUGACGAGCGCUUCCCGUACGCCACGCUGGGACAGCGCAAGCGCAGGGAGCCACCGAUGGUCACGCGGUACACGCUCGGCAUCAGCAUCGUGCAGGGCAACGAUAACCAUGUGUACGUGAAGGAUCUAGCCCCGCACGGACCGGGCGCGCGCAAUGGUGUACGAGUUGGCGAUCAGAUUAUCGCGGUCAAUGGGAAGUCGCUGCUCAAUCUGCCGUACGCCGAAUCGUUGCGUAUCCUGCAGCAAACAGGACGCACGGUCGAGCUCGUCCUGUCGCAGAUCUUCCAGCCGAGCGGCGAGCCGUCGUUCAGUCACUUCCCGCAGCUUGCGCCCAAAGAACCACCCAGAGAGCAGCAGCAGCGGACGGCGAGCGGGCGUGCUGCCACCGUCACCAAAUCGCACAGCCUGUACAUUAAGAACGGCAGCCGUCCGGUGCCGGUGACGACGGAGCUGCCUUCCGCGCGCUACACCAAUGCGCCGAAGCUCCCGGACGAAAGUGCCGGAGGGGCCAAACAGCAGCUCGGCAGUUACCCGGUGACAUCGCAGCGUGCGAACGGAAGCGGAUGCCCCCCGGAUGCCGCCAGCCAGCGCUACACGAAAAACGUCGCCGACAUCCUACGCACCCGCAACAGGCUGGGAAUAGUCGAUCGAAACCAGCAGCACCCGCAGCAACAACAAACAGCCACCCAACAGUCGCUGGUCGGUCUGAGUCCCUCGAAGAGCAUGCCGGACUUACCAAAGAUUCUUCGAGCGUACACCAAGCAGCAGCAGCAGCAGCCGAUCCCGACAACAGACGCAGGACGCGAUGUGCUCCGGAUCGGCAGUGGCAGGACGACCGGCACCGCCGGCGGAUUGUCACGCAAGUACACCGGACCGACGCGCUACCCGGUCACGCCCGCUAAGGACACGUUCAAGACCAUCCGCUCGGCGCAGCUCUCCCUAUCCAAUGCAUCCGAGGACGGCCAGGUGUUUAUCUAG